CUUCCUCCGCACUCCGCAGAAAUCCAAAUCAAAAUGCCGUCCCCGUCUCCCCUCCGCCCGCCUCCUCUAUCCCCCUCCCUCAAAACCCUACCACUAACCCGCACCCCUCGCCUCCGCCCUCUCCGCCUCACGCCUCGCGCCAGCGGUCGCGUCGGGGAGAUGCGCGUGGCGGGAGACGACGCCGCCGGGGGCCUCACCCCGAUCUCUCGGUGCUACGAGGGCCGUCUCGCGAGGCUCCAACUCUCCGGCGCCGCGUGGCGGGAGCAGGCGGUCGCCGCGGCGGCUGCGGCCGAUGGAGGGGCUGCCGCGGAGGCGCACCUCGCCGCUGGCGCCGACGCCAUGGCCAUCGAGGUCUUCCUCCCCGGAGUCGAUGGUGGCGAGAGCAGCGCUGCGUCCACACGAGUGAUUUUGCAAGCCAAGGAAGUCAAAGACAAGGCCAGUAAGAUAAGGAAAGAAUUUGGCUCUGGGUUUUUCUCUGAAAACGAACCUGAUUCAGAGAGUGUUUUGGCAAUGGCCUUUAAGCAAGUUGUAAUGCAGCGGCUCUCAAACUUUCGGCUUGAGGUCUUCUCCCCCGGUUCAGAGAGGGACUUCCAAGAUUUGGGCAAAUCCCGAAAGGUGUCUCUGGAUUUUAGUAUCAGCUCAUCAGAUGAAAAACUUCUGUCUUCUCUUGCUGAAGCCAUUUUCUCCUGUGUCAUUGAGGAUACCAGAAAGAAUUACCUCAGGGGCACAGGCAGUUUGUUUCAGAAGCGACAGCUGAACUGCUCAAUUGAUUCCUCUGUAUGUGUACACAGAAUUUACGAGGCAGAAGUAGUGAGGAACGCUAAGAGAUGCUUGGAGAGUUUUAGUAUACUGAAGUCUCAUCUCGAAGUGCACCAACCAAAGAAUGGAUGGUGGCCACCUCCAAAUUAUGAAAGUUUGGUGAAGAUCGGGGGUCCUGAGUUUGUCCUUUGGGCCAACGAGUACAUUCCUGCCUAUAAACUGCAAAUUAAUGCCAAAGCAUUUGAGAAUACAAAUCUUGAAGGCCGUCAUGAGUUAGCAAAUAAUAAAUGGGAAGUUCUCUUAGCCCACUUUCAACUGGUGGAACUAGGGGAUGUUCUGGACAUGUACUUUGAAGAUCAAUUUACUUUACCAGGCAAAACUUUCCAUCCUUGCUGGAGUUCAUAUCCAUCAAAGAUUAAAAAGAACAAUGGCUAUUUGAACAACCUUUUUCCUUUCUUGGCUGGUGGCUGUGUUAUUCUUUUGGUUGGCGUCCUUGCUCAGUUAUGCUGGCCUCAAUCUCUUAGAGGCAAAAGAUUAUUCACGGAAAAUUCUAAUGUUUCAUCAUCUCAGAGCUAUUGUUCUGAUAUCCACUCUCUGGAUAACAGUGAGAUACAAGCUUAUUGCACGUCUGUUGUUAAGAAAAUGAAAGAUUCAUUUGGCUGCCCUGGUGAUAUAAUGGUUGAUGCAAACAUUGGAGCUUGGGUUGGAGAACUUCCUGACUGCUUCAAGGGCAUCAGUAGAGAGGAAAAUGCUGCUUCUGAUGAUGUUCAGCAUCCCUGCACUUAUAGCCAAGAAAAUCAACCCCAGUUGGUGCCACCUAAUGUUAAGAUGGUCCAUUUGGAACAAAAUGAUAAAACUCAGGAGACUCUACAAAAUAUCGCAAGUUUUCAGGUGGUCAUGUCAGAAGAAGGUAAAGUAGUGGGUUUUCAGCCAACUAACUGCCUAGGUGUGAAUCACUGGGCAACAAAUCCGCUAGCAUCACUUCUGUAUCAAGGGCGGAUGCUUUCUCCAGACUUUCUGGAGCCAAGGCUCAAAAUUUCUCGUCCAGCUAAGGUUGUCCCAAUUGAAUUAUUGAUGUCCGUGAAUCCAGAAUCUUUUUUUGCUUUGGCGAGGCCUGUUCGUGAUCCAUGCUAACAGAGGUGCUUUAUCACAUUCUAUUUCUCCCCCACUUGUUUUCUAUCUUAGCUAUUUCUUCCCUGCGUAUAAUUUCUAUAAUCACUACUGCUCCUGUUUAUCCAAAAGCUUGUAGUUGCCGACUUCUCGAUUGGGGCUUUUGCAGUUUUACUCUGUGUGGCUUUUGCAGAUUUACAUGGUUUGCUGUUACAAGAUGCUGUGCAGAUGCAUGAACUUUUGACAUAGCAGACCGAGAGGAAUUUCUUGUUGGUCCGUGGAAUGGUACGAAGGCUAGGGGGUAAACACGGAUUUAUAUACAUCUAGACACCACGAAAAGCUGCUUCACUGCUUGCCUUGCAUGUGCAUGGAGAAGUACACGGAUGAAAACUUGUACAGCUUUAAUUGCAAUUGGGUAGUGCAAACAACGAUCAUGUGUUGUAGCAGCAGAGACUCACACUCGUGAGGUUCGAGUAGGUCGUUCAAGCAUGGGUUUGUAUUGAUCCACUUCUAAAAAAGUUACUUCUGAAGGCAUUAUUCGUGAGGUUCAUGUGCAUGAAAAAUAUCACUGGUACGAAGGCAGUUACUUCUGAAGGUCGCUGAAUUACACAGAUUCCUGAUGACAUGGCUUAUUCCCGUUGAUGAUUAGCAGCAGGGGCAGACCCAAUACAGGGACAUGUUUUGCAAAAACAAUUGCAGUUAGUAGGUAUAAUACAUGUGUAUACUUGUAACUGGGCCAAAUUACGUUUAUUUGAGUACAAACUUUCUAAACGGCUA